GGUCACCGUCUUCGGCGUGACGCCUGUCUACCUGAGUUUCCGGUACGCGCCAGCUGCCAUGUACGUGGUUUCCCGCGAUUCCCCAUGAGUCACCGCUCUCUCGAGCGCCAAGUCAGUGGCCCUUCCUACGCCCUGCUCACUCGCAACAGGCUCCCUGCGAAUGCGUCAACAUCCAACGACUACGGCGAUCCCUGGCAGCGGUAAGAGAGGCGGCGUGGGCUCAUCUUACUUCACGGCUGGUUGCGAUGUGUGGGAGUUCUGCGCCGGCGCCGCCAUGAUGCAGCAGGGCUACCGCGCCACAGCCACGCUCGCCUGGGCUCUGGUAGUGCUCCAGUGCACUGCGACGGUUUCAGCCUGGAGCAUCGAGGAUUAUGAGACCCCGUGGGCUAAGCCGCCGCGGACACUGCGGCUGGACGGAGCCGAGCCAGCGCGCAUUCUCAAGUCGGUGCCGCCGCCGCCGCAGCAGCAGCUGGGCUACGUCGGUUCGCCGGACUACUGGCCGUUCGCGGGACACACGGCGCCGUCCUUCGACCCCGCAACGCCGCGUAACGUCACCACACAGCUGGGACAGACCGUGUACCUCAGCUGCAUGGUCAACAACCUCGGCGACAAGACCGUAACAUGGAUCAGGCGCAAAGACCUGCACGUUCUGACCGUGGGUCUGGACACGUAUGUCCAGGAUCCGCGCUUCCAGGCCAUCCAUCUGGAACGCUCCAACGACUGGGCGUUGCAGAUUCGCUACGCGCAGCUCAAUGACCAGGGAUUAUACGAGUGCCAGGUGAGCUCGGACCCUAAGAUGAGCCUGUUCGUGCGCCUGCGCGUACUUGUGGCUCGGGCCGAGAUCGUGGGAGCCAGCUCGGGCCAGCUGUUCCUCAAAACGGGCUCCACCAUCAACUUGACGUGCGAGAUCAGCCAGAGCCCCGAGCCGCCCGUGUUCGUGUUCUGGUACCACAACGAGCGCAUGAUCAACUACGACGAGGCGGCCAAGAGCCACAUCCUGGUGCGCAAGGCCGGCCGAAACGCCGCCGUGUCACGCCUGCUAGUGCACGACGCGGUGCCCUCAGACUCCGGCAACUACACCUGCGGUCCGUCGAACGCAGACGCGACGAGCGUCGCCGUAUUCGUGCUCAAUGGUGAGAAGCCAGCCGCCAUUCAACACGACGCCACGCCCCCUUCUACAGCCCGGCCAUCGGUGUGCGUCUCGGAUGUGGUGGUGUUGCUAGCGGUAUUGGUGGCCUUGAGAACUGUGCGCGCCCACAGGUGAUGAAAGUGGACGUCGCCUCCUGCACGUCGACACGCCACACAGAUCACCCAACGACGAUACUCCUGCACCUUCACCGCGCGGAACGAUACGAGCCAACCGUGAAUCGUCACGACGCGCGUCCCCAUUGUAUAACACGACACGACCACGAUUUAUUUCUUCGCCGCCCAGACGGCAAGUACGCUCGUGAAU